AUGCCCCUCUUUACGACAGCCGAACGCAUCCGCGCCGUAGAAGUCAUUAUCAACUAUGAGUUCCACGAUAAGUCUCUUCUUGUAAAGGCCCUGGAAGCUGCCGGGGCCACCAUGGCCAGUCAGGGAAAUAAGCGGCUUGCGCUGAUCGGGGAUGCCGCCCUGAGGCUCGUUCUUUAUGAGUUUGGUUAUGAAGACGAAGCCUCCAUACGUGAGGGCCAUCAAUAUUUUUUUUACCUUCGUUAUCAGAGUUUUAAUGAGAUCAAAGGUGACAUGACGAAUGCCCAGAAUACUCGAGCCACGAAUGAAAACCUAGGGCAGAUAGGCUUUUCCCUCGGCUUGAAUGUCUACAUCCAUUUGAACCCUUCAGCUCAGGGCGUUGUCCCUGGGCGGCUGAUGGCAACAACCAUCGAAGCCAUUAUUGGCGCUGUCUACCUCGACAGUAAUAAGAAUACUAUGAUCACACGUCUCCUCAUUAUUCAUCUGCGUAUCAUGCCGACGCCCGAGUAA